UGGACCUUGUGGCUUUUUGCGUCCUCGCAAUCCUUCCCCAGCCAUUCACGCCUACUCGCAUGUGCGGUCCUGGGUUCUUUGCGUUAUCCAGCUCAAACAGAGACGCAACGGCGUUUUUCACUGUUUAAUUUUCUUUCUGACGCAAAAUUAACACCCUAAAGCCUUGAAUCACUUGCGGUUCUGAAGAAUUUUGGACUGAUAACAAGCGGGUCCAAAGAAGAUAAGGGGCAGUCAUUGAAUUAUUAUUUUACGCAUCAACAAUCGCUCUAUAGGUCUGGAGAAAAGCUUGAAAGACAUUGUGCUUUUUUUUUUUUUUUUUUGCUUUUUUUUGGUGGGGGGGAGGAAUUACUCAGCUUUGCGGAGAGCGUCUCGACGCCACAGAGGAAUAUUCAGACUGGGCUAAGUUUGCUGAGGUGUAGGAUACCUGUCGGGGAGAUACGGAGAAACCAGCACCGUGGACAGCUCCGCGUCAAAGCAGCAGCGCAACAAUCCACUAGCAUCGCGCCGGCGCGGUGCGCGGAUGCCAGGCGGGGAGUCUUCCUCCUCCACCGGGCUGCUGCAGGGGAGCACGCUGGGACCGGGAUCCUGCUCAGGGUCGGGGCUUUUCUAUAUCCUGAGAGAUAAGUUCACUUCUUGAGGCCAUAACCUCCACAUUGGGCUGACUCACUCACAAUUGCAUCUUGAGGUUUAUUCGAACCUUCAUGUGUGACUCCAACAUCAGAAGACUCCAAAUAUCAUCAUAUCACCAUGGUUCUGAACAAGCGUAUCUUAAACUUGACUCCACCUGCAACCCCAUGUAUGUUCAUCACCCUUUUGGUGCUUCUGCUCCCUGGUGUCACUCGUCUGUGUUACGCCAGCCAUGAAGACACCGGCAGCGCGCCGAGAAACUGCUCCAGUGAGGAUAACUGCUCAGAGGGUGUUGUGCUGCCCAUGUGGAACCCCCAGAAUCCUGCAGUGGGGGACAAGGUGGCACGUGCCAUUGUUUACUUUGCAGCGCUUAUCUACAUGUUCCUCGGCAUGUCCAUCAUUGCCGACCGCUUCAUGUCUUCAAUAGAGGUCAUCACCUCUCAGGAGAAGGAGAUCACCAUCAAGAAGCCCAACGGUGAAACAACGACAACUACUGUGCGUAUUUGGAAUGAGACGGUGUCCAACCUGACGCUGAUGGCACUGGGCUCAUCAGCGCCAGAGAUCCUGCUCUCUGUCAUUGAAGUAGUCGGCCAUAAGUUUGAAUCCGGAUCUCUGGGCCCCAGUACCAUAGUGGGCAGCGCUGCUUUCAACAUGUUCAUCAUCAUCGCUAUCUGCGUCUACGUGGUGCCAGAAAAUGAAACGCGCAAGGUAAAACACCUGCGGGUGUUUUUUGUCACUGCUGCCUGGAGUGUGUUCGCCUACAUCUGGCUGUACCUCAUCCUGUCUGUAUUUUCCCCUGGGGAGGUGCAAAUUUGGGAGGCCGUCCUCACCUUCCUCUUCUUCCCUCUUUGUGUCCUGCAAGCCUGGAUUGCAGACCGCCGCCUGCUCUUCUACAAGUACGUCCAUAAGCGCUACCGUACUGACAAGACCCGUGGCAUCAUUAUCGAGUCAGAAGGAGACGCCAUGUUCACUAAAAUGGACCUGGAGAUGGACGGACAGGGUGCGAACUCCCACGUUCACCCCAAAGAGGCUCUGGAUGGGAUGCUGGACGGGGUGGAGGAAGGUGGAGGGAUGAGUGCCGAGCAAGAUCAAGAAGAAGAGGCCCGUCGGGAGAUGGCACGCACCUUAAAAGAAUUAAAACAGAAGCACCCUGAGAAAGACAUGGAACAGCUGAUUGAGAUGGCCAACUACCAAGUGCUGGUGCAACAACAGAAAAGCAGAGCCUUCUACCGCAUCCAGGCCACGCGCAUGAUGAUCGGAGCCGGGAACAUUCUGAAGAAGCAUGCUGCAGACCAAGCUAGGAAGGUGGUGAGCUGUCACGAGGCCAGUGGGCAAGAGGAGGACCCCAACACCAUCUACCUGCAGUUUGACCCGUCUCACUACCAGUGCUUUGAGAACUGCGGCUCCCUAAAGCUGUCCGUGAGCAGGCAUGGGGGCGAAAAUGGCUGCACUGUUAAGGUGGACUACAGGACAGAAGACGGCACUGCCAACGCAGGCUCCGACUACGAGUUCGCUGAGGGGACUUUGGUCUUCAAGCCUGGCGAGACGUGCAAAGAGUUCACCGUUGGUGUCAUUGACGACGACAUUUUUGAAGAGGAUGAGCACUUCUACGUUCGCCUCAGUAACCCGCGCAUCGCGCACAGAGCUGAGGUCUCCGUCCUGGAGCCGAGCUCCAUCACCUCCAGCAACAGCACCGUGGGUAUUUCCUCCCACAUCCCUCCGAAGGCGGCCCUGGGCAGCGCUCCUGUUGCCACGGUUACCAUCUAUGAUGACGACCACGCUGGCAUAUUCACUUUUGAGAGCAGGUCCCAGAGGGUCAGCGAGAGCGUCGGCAACAUGCAGGUGAAGGUUCACCGGACAUCCGGGGCGAGGGGGAAGGUGGCCGUGCCCUACCACACGGUCGAGGGCACCGCUAAGGCCGGGGAGGAUUAUGAAGAAGUAUCCGGGAAGCUGGAGUUUCAGAAUGAUGAGACCAUGAAGCUGCUGAAUGUGAAGAUCAUCGACGAUGAGGAAUAUGAGAAAAACAAGACGUUCACGAUCGUGCUGGAGGCGCCCAUCCUGCUGGACGUGGGACAGAGACACGGUGACACCAACGAUAACAAGACAGCGGUGGGACCAGAGGAUGUGUCCAAGAUGGGCUGUCCCAGUCUGGGCGAGCACACCAAGCUAGAGGUGGUCAUUGAGGAGUCAUAUGAGUUCAAGAGCACGGUGGACAAGCUGAUCAAGAAGACCAACCUGGCUCUGGUGGUGGGGAGCAGCAGCUGGAGGGAGCAGUUUGUCAGCGCCGUCACUGUCAGUGCAGGUGAUGAUGACGAAGAGGAGAGUGGGGAAGAGCGGCUGCCAUCCUGCUUCGAUUACAUCAUGCACUUUCUAACGGUUUUCUGGAAAGUCCUCUUCGCCUUCGUCCCACCUACCGAAUACUGGAACGGCUGGGCCUGUUUCUUCGUGUCCAUUUCCCUUAUUGGCGCUCUGACAGCUGUGACCGGCGACUUGGCCUCGCAUUUCGGCUGCACCAUCGGUCUCAAAGACUCUGUCACGGCCGUGGUGUUCGUGGCCCUUGGCACCUCCGUUCCAGACACAUUUGCGAGUAAGGUGGCCGCCAUCCAAGAUCAGUACGCCGACGCGUCCAUCGGGAACGUGACGGGCAGCAACGCGGUGAACGUGUUCCUGGGCAUCGGGGUGGCGUGGACCAUCGCGGCGGUUUACUGGCACACCAAGGGCAAGCCGUUCCGAGUGGACCCGGGCUCCCUGGCCUUCUCCGUCACCGUCUUCACCAUCAUGGCCUUGGUGGUCGUGCUGGUGCUGCUCUACCGCCGGCGCUCCAGCGUGGCGGGCGGAGAGCUCGGUGGCCCACGGACAGCCAAGCUCCUCACCUUCUUCCUGUUCCUCUCCCUCUGGUUCAUCUAUAUCAUGCUGUCCUCCUUGGAGGCGUACUGCCAAAUGCCGAGCUUCUGAAGCCGAGGGAAAAGCACUGACACAACUCCUGCCCUUGUUUUUACAGUGUAAUGAACAUGUUUUCUCUCUAUUUUUGUCUAUUUUCACAAAAGUUUGUAACUAUUUGUAUCAUUAGUUAUUACUGAUACAGCAGUGUAUCCGAUUGACUAUGAAUCAAAGGGAUUUGGAGUUUUAUCGCUCAAUAUGCUGUGAAAAUUAUCUUCAGCCGCUGAAACUGAACUUUUUCUUGACUUUCUUUUCCAUUUUGAGGUACUGCGUACACACGGGACAUAUAUCUAGUCAUUGCUGUCAGCAUAAAUCGCAUCCGCCCCGUUUUUCACUUCACAAAUGAGGCUUCUGGGAAUGUCCUCUCUCUGUGAACAAUUAUUUAAGUUUAUAGGUGUUCAGGAAGCUCAAGAUCAAAUGCUUUUUAAGCAAAUGCUUAAAAAAAAACAAAAAAAACUUGUAUUUUGACGGGAUUUAUCAAAUGAAGACUUAAAGAUGGUGCAUGGGGUGACAACGUAGUAAAAUAAGAGAUGAAAGGUAAAAAAAAAAAACGUGAUGAUAUUUAGUACUCAAUCUAUACAUUAAUUAUUCAUGUAUAUCAUGUAAAAGAUAAACAUUGUGCGUGGGUGUUACGUGGAAGACUAGGUGUUUGAUUUUUGCACGUUAUCAGAUUAACAACUUCUUGGUAACCUCUUUUUGAAGUGCUGUAUGUAAUAUUUUGACAUGGUUGUGUCGGUGUUGAUGUGUUUCUGUACACGUAAAUCACAGCUGUAUCAUACUCUGGUCACUGCCCGGCGCCUUUCCCCACAACGCCUGCUCCACCACUUCAAGCUAGACAGGUUUGUUUUCUUUCUCACAACCGAAGUCCACCUGGAGCAGGGACUCCUCGCUGCAAACUCAGAUUUCCCGGAGCGCGUCCGUGAAUUUUCCCACGUGUGAGUGUUAGUGAGUGUGAGCGUGACCUCUCUUCUUCUGUCCUGCAAGGCACGGCUUCGACUCCACACACGCUGCAGGGUUGUUCAUGGCUGCAGAGUCAAAAAGGAGUCUGUGUACAGAUGUGAACAGAUGUGAACAGGGCGACUGUUUCCCUCUGUCACGCUGACACUGUGAACACUUUUCACACAUAAAACACUUUUAGAAAAAGCACAGCCGCGAGCGAAGGGGCACAUUUUACUCGAGCGUGGGAGGAGUUUUUAGACACAGCACAAUCACAGCAGAACGGGUAAAUUAUUUGACAUGAAAAAUGUAUCCGAAGAGAGAACGUGAAGUAUUUCUUGAAUGUCUCCUUGUGUCACACAGCAGUUGAUACUGAAGUUGUUUUUGUAUUUAACUUAAAGUCUGUAUAGCCAUAUUUAUUGUAACUGUAUUACAGUAGAGGUAUUUAUAUGAUCUAUUUUAGUUUUAUUGAUAUGCACGUUUACUGUGUAAAAAGUGGAAAUAAAUGUUGCAGAUUUGUAAUGCCAUGAGAAGCCUGGUCUUGUUAAUGUUCUGCUCUGUUUGUAUUGCAGGCGAAGGCAAGUAUGAGUUUUGUACUGCUCACUUUAUGCCAUAAUGCUGCACUGUAAAGCCAAGCCGUCAGAGUC